CUCUCUCUCUCUCUAUAUAUAUAUAUAUAUAUAUAUAUGUAUCCUUCGACAAAUUAGGGAAGGACGGAAGGAAGCUCCCGGAUCUCAUCUCUACCAUCGGAAGUCUCGGAAAUCCUUCGGAUCCUAUAUAUCGUCAUCGCCAGAUUGGAGUGCGGAGCCAUUGGAUCGGGAGGGGGAAGAUGGGGGCGCUGUUGUCGAGGUUCUGGUUCAUGUUGUUCCCCGCGAAGGAGUACAAGAUCGUGGUUGUCGGAUUGGAUAACGCCGGGAAGACAACGACGCUGUACAAAUUGCACCUGGGGGAGGUCGUGAACACGAGCCCUACCAUAGGUAGCAAUGUGGAGGAGGUCGUCUACAAGAACAUACGGUUUGAGGUCUGGGAUCUAGGGGGACAAGAAAGGCUGAGAACCUCAUGGGCAACUUAUUAUCGGGGAGCUCAUGCUGUUAUUGCUGUGAUAGACAGUACUGACCGAGCUCGGAUCAGUAUCAUUAAGGAUGAACUCUUCAGGCUGCUUCAACAUGCGGACCUCGAGCACACUGUGGUGCUUGUGUUUGCCAACAAACAGGAUCUCAAGGAUGCCAUGUCACCUGCCGAGAUAACUGAAGCCCUCUCCCUCCAUAGCAUCAAGAACCAUGACUGGCACAUCCAGGCCUGUUGCGCCCUCACAGGCGAGGGAUUGUAUGAUGGCUUGGGAUGGAUAGCUGAGCGAGUUGCUGGCAAGCCAACAACCUGAAGCAAACCCUUGUCAGGCAUCAUCUUUGUACUGAUAUCGGAGCAGUCUCUGUUUAAGGUUUUGGAAUACUGUUUUCUGCUGUAUACUAUAUCAACUUAUGUCCAUUCUGCUGGCAAACACAACAUACUGUUAAUAUUUAGAGAAGUUUGGAGAAGAAUUUGUAUUCUUUCCAAAUUCUCCCAUAUGUUGCAAACCGAAGUUACAACUGUUUAAGAUUGAAUCGGUGGGAUGGUCGCCGAUGUCUAA